AUGGGUAAGAUCAUCUUCUACGAGGACAGGAACUUCCAGGGUCGCUCCUAUGAGUGCAGCAGUGAAUGCUCUGACCUGCAUUCCCAUUUCAGCCGCUGUAACUCCAUUAGAGUUGACAGUGGGGACUGGAUGGUCUACGAGAGGCCAAGCUACAUGGGCUACCAGUACUUCCUGAGGAGGGGCGACUAUCCCGACUACCAGCGCUGGAUGGGAUUUAACGACUGUGUGCGAUCCUGCCGUAUGAUCCCUAUGCAUCAAGGCUCACACAAAAUGCUGAUCUACGAGCGCCCAGAGUUCAAAGGCCAGAUGAUGGAGCUGAUGGACGAUAUUCCCUCCCUGUACGAGCGCUUCCACUUAAACGACAUUUCUUCUUGCAACGUGAAGGACGGUUACUGGAUCUUUUACGAGCACCCUAACUACAGGGGACGGCAGUACCUGGUGCGCCCCGGGGAAUACAGGAGAUUCCAUGAGUGGGGGAGCAUGAAUUCGAAGGUGGGAUCCAUCAGACGUAUCACAGUGUGAGAAAACCUGAUGUCUAAAUUCUGUUUAUGUAAAGUACUGUCAAUAAAGUCAAUAAAUCUCUCCA